AUGCCCGACGGCGCAGUGGUGACAGGCUCGGUUAGACACCGAAAAAUACAGGCAAUUAGAGCCAUUAAAGCUAUGGAUCUUACCGCUUCUAACGCGACCAUUGAAGAGUUGGCAAAGAACAUCGCCAAGCGCUUUCCAAAUCUAUGGACAGAGGAGAAGAUCGUUCAGCUUAUGCUAGAUGCUAGGGAAAACAAGCUUCCAGAGACAGAAGAGGUCCCUACAAGCCUUACUAGCACACCCGUGCAGUCAGGACAGCUAGACCAGAAGACGCCACAGGCAAGCCGUAGCUCUCCAAGUAAAAUCUUUCACCAAGAGACUGCCCAAAAAGCUCCUUUCACAAAGACAGCUCAGUUACCCGUCUUGGGAGGAGCCUCUGCUGCCAACCCUGUUUAUUCGUCAGGGUCCUUCCAAGCAAACCAAACACCACCUCCACCACAUCCCGCAGACUCGCAUGAUAGGCUGUAUCGCAAUCAUAUUUCUCUGGGUCUUGAACUGGCUGGUCUUGAGCGUAAGUAUCUCAUGCUUAGGUACGAUGCUAAUAGGAUGUUCGCCCCGCCACGGGCGCUACAGAAGCAAACGAGUGCUGUGUAUUCCGUCGCCCAUUAUGAGAAGCAGCACGCGCUCAAGCAACUAAAAGAGCGGAUUGCAGACUUGGAGGGGCGGCUCAAAGGAAGGCUAAGUCCAAAGGAUAGGGCUACAUACACGGCUCAGUAUAAUGCUGCUGCCAUAGAGUGCAGGUCCUUGCUGACUGAGUUGGAUGUAAUCAACCUCCAAGCUGAAGAGGAUGGUGUGAUCAGGCGCCAGGUUUCGACGUAUUGUCUAAGCAACUACUAUAACAACGAAUCUCUUCCAGUACUCUUUCCGAUGAAUGCAGACGUGACUGUGCGGAACUACCAGACGGUAAAGCUCCCGCCGGUGGCAUCCACUGUUCGUCCCCGAUAUAUAUUGAUGAAGAAAUUGGGGUCUGGCGGGUUUUCCACCGUUUAUAAGGCAAUGGAUUUGAGCACAGCACAGAUUGUUGCACUGAAGAUAUCCCGUAAAGAGACUUCACUGGAAGGAGAUGAACACAUAGCAGAGACCAAGCGGUGGCUGUUCCUUAACAGAGAAGCGGCAAUAUAUCAUCACUUGAAGCAUCCUAACAUCGUCCAGCUGAAUUCUGACCCGAUCUUUGUGAAUUCAACCACUGGGCGCAUCGUUCUCAAUCCGGCUUACGAACCAUACAAUGAAAUUGCACUUUCCAUGGAGCUGUGCGAAGGUGGUGAUCUGCAUGAUUUUCUUGCCCUCCUUUGCCGCAGCGACAAGCAGGCACGAACAGAGCAUGAGCUCCUAACAAUACUACUCCAGAUUGCAGAAGCCCUUAAAUAUUUGCAUACAUUAGAUUCUCCAAUCACACAUAACGACAUUUCAUUGCGCAAUAUUCUCCUCGCAGAGGGGGGUGUCUGGAAACUGAGCGAUUUUACCCUUGUGAAGCCGCUGGCGGACAAGAAAGAAGUUCAGAUGGUCACCUCUCUAGCAGGGACAAAGCCCUUUACUGCUCCCGAAAAACUUCUGCAGGGGGUUUUCGGCCCAGCAAGCGAUAUGUACUCCUAUGGGGUUGUAGCAUUUGCAUGCUUUGUCGGGAACAUUAAUUUAUUUCUGGCUCCCAACAACUUCGCAGAGAUACCGGGAAGAGGUUCGCUGAUGGACAGGGCACGGGCAGAUCUGUGUUCAGGGACCUGUUAUGUGUGCAAUCCGUCUGAUAGGGUGGUGGAUUUGAUCACCAAUUUACUUUGUCUGGAUAUGAACGCGCGGAUGACCGCAGAACAAGUCUGCCAGACCCUCAGCGAAAUGCUGUCAGGGUAUCGGAAAACAAAAAUUAAAAUUUGA